AUGGUUUUUUGUAUUGGGAGAAGAAUGGGGAUGUUUCCGUGGUUGUGUGGCAGACACAAUAAGCAGAAGAUAAUUAGAAGCUCGUACCUGAAUACAUAUGAAACCUUACAUGAUGAAGAUAGCUGUGUAAACCACAGUAUGGAUGAAAUGGAUAUGUCUAAGAUACGCAAGAGGCACGGUAACUGUGAUGUAAAGAGAUCUAAUCGUGUUGAGAAACACAUGGUUAAUGAAAACGACACCGAGAGUGCUAAUGACAGCACAUACGAUUUACAUGAUGAGCAUUGUAGUACUUAUAUGCAUCCUGAAGAAGAUUUGUAUGAUGCAGAAGAUAUUGAUGGGUUUGAAUGCGCAUCUGAACAAACCGAGUUGAACUGCACAUUCAGCGAAAGCAAAUACAAAGGUAAUAAAUACGAAACGGAUAACAAUAUUAACAAUCACAGAUGCCAUAUAGUUAAUAAGAAUGCUUCAAAAUCACAGAGACAUAAAAAAGAGCAUUCAUUUCAUGGCAAGAAUGGCGUAGCUAAUGAAACAAGUGCUUCAGCCAAGAAGGCACAAAUACUCGAAAAAUACAAGACCAGGAUAUAUCAAAACGAAAGCAAAUCAAAAAACAUCUCUAUUGAGUCAGAAAUAGGUACUGUCUGUAACAAUGCAUUAUCUUCAACCAAAACCAACUGUAUGCUUACGAAAACUCACACAAGUAACCGGUUUUCUGAAUACUCUCCAGAAGAAAGUGAAAGCGAAAUCAGUUUCAUAAUGGACCUAUAUGAUAAGACUUCCUUGAAUAACGAUCUAAAGCAAAAAAUGUCCAAAUACUUAAGCUUACUUGAAAAAAGAAGUAAAGAGGAGCUAAAUCAUAAUGCAUAG